GGAUGACAUGACAGCCGAACAAAAAUUACGGCGUGGAUUUAUGGUUAAAAAUUUGCGAAAAUCUGUUGACUGUUUCUCGAAAUAAAUGUUAGAUUACAGAUAGCUGCGUUAUUUUCAUGUUGAUUGAUAAUUGUACUUAAAAGUUUUUAAUGUCAAUAUAAUGACCGAUAAUUCAAAAGUUUCGAGGCAAAGUUUGUGCAUAUCAUUGUCGUUAGCGCGUAAGUCGGGCUCUUCGGUGUUUGGUGUGUUAUAGCAGCGGUGGACGGUGUUAUAGGAGAUGGUGCCGAUGGUGUUAGCAAACGGAUCGAAAGAGAACUAUAUUUGAUUGUGUAUACUGAGGUUUUGCAGUAGAUUAUUGUUAAGAUGUAUCCAACUGCUACGCGGCACCCGGCGGCCGCGGUAAGGGGACCUCAGCCACCUGCAGGACCUAUAAAAUUUACAAUAGCUGACACACUAGAGAGAAUUAAAGAGGAAUUCAACUUUUUACAAGCCCAAUAUCACACUUUGAAAUUGGAAUGUGAGAAACUGGCCAGUGAGAAGACGGAAAUGCAGAGGCAUUAUGUUAUGUAUUAUGAAAUGUCAUAUGGUCUUAAUGUGGAGAUGCAUAAACAGACAGAAAUAGCAAAGAGACUGAGUGCUAUCAUAGGGCAGGUGCUCCCGUUCUUGGCACAGGAGCAUCAGCAACAAGUGGCUUCUGCCGUGGAGAGAGCUAAGCAAGUCACCAUGUCAGAACUCAACGCUAUCAUUGGGCAACAACAACAGCAGGGUCUGCAGCAACUGCUUCAGCAGAUCCACGCGAGCGCAGGCCUGUCGCACGGCGUGGGCGGCGCGCAGGCGCUGCUGGGCGCCGGCGGCUUGCUGUUCGCGCCCGGCGCCGCGCCCCCGCCCCCGCCGCAUCUACCUCCCCCCGCACACAAGGUGGAGCUCCCCCCUCCCGCGGACAUAAAGCCCCCCGUGCUGCCGGGCGGGCCGGCGCCGCCGCCGCUGCUGCCGGGGCAGCCGCCGCCUAGAGACGACGACCGGCUCGGUCCUAGGGGGCAUCCACAGUUUUCCCCCAAGCCGCGUCGCUCGGUGUCCCCGCACGAGCGCGAGCAGAAGUACCGGCCGCGCUCGCCCGAGCCCGAGGCCCUCGACGUCAAGCGCAGGAAGGAGGAGAAGGUACUGGGCCAUGUGAGUCUAUGUAGUGACAGCGACGCCGAAAAAAGUGAUCAAGAUCUUGUUGUUGAUGUGGCAAAUGAGGAGGAGAGAGGGUCACCCAGUGUCCGCACGGAGGGGGGAGAGAGGACAGAGAACGGGCCGCGACCUCCCUCGAGAUCAGGCUCGUCCUCAAGCCGAUCCACGCCCAAGAGUUCCAAAGACGAGAAGCCUGGCACACCGGGCAGCACAGCGGGCUGCACGGGCGGCGCGGGCGGCAAGCCGCGGGCCGGGACGCCGACCGGGCGCUACGCGCUGCCCUACGCCUACCGCGCCCCGCACGCGCCGCUCUACGACCCGCGCGCCAACGGCAUCGCGCCUGCCAAGCCUGCAUAUUCAUACCACUCAUGCGGCGGCCCCCUGCAGCCGGUGGGCUUCCCGGCGGACGCGCUGGGCGGCGCGGGCGUGCCGCGGGCGGCGCGCGCCGUGGCGGCGCUGCCGCACGGCGAGGUCGUCUGUGCAGUCGCGCUGUCACUGGCGGGGGCAUCGCGACACGCCUACACCGGCGGCAAGGGCUGCGUCAAACUAUGGGAUAUAUCCAACCCAGGCUCACCUGCGGCGUUAGAACCGUUGUCGCAGCUUGAUUGUUUGCAACGCGACAACUACAUCCGUUCGGUGAAGCUGCUGCCGGACGGGCGGACGCUGAUCGUGGGCGGCGAGGCGUCCAACCUGUCCAUCUGGGACCUGGCGUCGCCCACGCCGCGCAUGCGCGCCGAGCUCACCUCCUCCGCGCCCGCCUGCUACGCGCUCGCCAUCAGCCCCGACUCCAAGGUGUGCUUCAGCUGUUGUUCAGACGGCAACAUAGCGGUGUGGGAUCUUCAGAACCAAACAUUAGUUAGGCAAUUCCAAGGUCACACGGACGGCGCGUCGUGCAUCGACAUCAGCGGCGACGGCACGCGGCUGUGGACGGGCGGGCUGGACAACACCGUCCGCUCGUGGGACCUGCGCGAGGGCCGCCAGCUGCACCAGCACGACUUCUCCAGCCAGAUCUUCUCGCUCGGAUACUGUCCCACGGGUUCGUGGCUAGCAGUGGGCAUGGAGAACUCUCACGUGGAGGUGCUACACGCGGGCAAGCCGGACCGCUACCAGCUGCUGCUGCACGAGUCCUGCGUGCUGUCGCUGAAGUUCGCGGCCGCCGGCAAGUGGUUCGUGUCCACGGGGAAGGACAACCUGCUCAAUGCCUGGCGUACGCCCUAUGGAGCUAGUAUAUUCCAGUCUAAGGAGUCAUCAUCGGUGCUCAGUUGUGAUAUAUCAGCGGACGAUAAGUUCAUAGUGACGGGUUCAGGUGACAAGAAGGCGACAGUCUACGAAGUGAUGUACUGAAGUGUCAGUGUCGGUAAUCUCAUAAGUUAUAGGCAAUAAUGAACGUUGUUCGAGGUCCAGUGCGAAGUGACUGUGGUUUUAUAUCAAACUUUAGUUGACUGUAUUCAUUGUUACGGAUUUUUUUUUAAUUAAGGAAGUCAUCAAAUUAUGGGUCUUAUGAGGAAUAAUGCAAGCGUCAAAUUAACGAAGAGAUUUUAGUAAUCUUUUGUGGUCAGUGGAAAUAUAAUUUGUUCCUCUAACUGGAGAAAUAUCAGAGGACGUAGCUGUAGGUUUUAUUCCAAAAUGUGCUUUCGACUAUAAACUUCUUGGUCGAAUAAAAUAUAGUAAGGCUUUAAUACAUACUCACAGAUCUUUUUCAUAAUGAUAGGUUAGAGUAGUAGUACUUCUUGAGCUUGAGUGCUCAAAUGUCGAUCUGUGACGAGCUGGACAAUAUAACGAGUCCAAGUAGUGACGGUUCCAUAGCAAUCAGACUGUUAUCGUGGGUUCCUUGCUAAAUAAAUGUUCCUCUUUAUAACACAUGGCUGAAUAAAUUCGUAUUAUCCUUUUAGUGGAAAGCUAAAGAAAAUAUAACAAGUAUUUGUCUAUCCACGAGUUUUUUUUGAGGCGAGAAGGUUUACGAACCUUUGAAUUGUCGCGAAGUAAUCGAUGUUAAUUUUAAAAUUUUUAUUUAAAUGAAAAUUUGGAUUCGAACAGUAUUAUAAUUAUAAUUUUAAUGUUACGCUGCAGUGUUAUUAGUAUUAAAAAAUCAGCGAUAUCGAGACUUCCAAGCAUUUUAUUAUGUUAUGUUGUUAACAAUGAGUACAGCCAAAUAAAGAUGGUUGAAUUAAGUGUAAUUUUAAUGUAACAAAUAGAUCAAUGUUGCACCGUUAAACAUGGAUAUUUUUAGUGUUAUUAUAUAUUUUUAUAAUGAAAUAAGAAAAUCAUUUUAUUAAUUUUCCAAGUUGAAUCUUGUUUCAAGAAUGGUCCAUUUAUUACGAGUAUUUAUUUACUUUUCAGAUUUUUAAGUUCUAUCAGACUGAUAUUCUGGGUAUUGUGAAUAGUAGUGCGUCAUUUGCGUAUGGUAUUAUCAAUUUCCAACAUUAUUUUAAUUUGAUGAUAACUCGUCUAAAUACGCACACGUCGGCUUUGCAUUACGUAUCUACGUGGGGUCAGUGUUGUCCCCAGUCAUGUUCCUAAGGUAUGAUAGUUCGGGCGUCAACAAUGUACGAACAGUACUGACGGCCCUAACAUUGGCUCCUGAAUGGAGUGUUGUGUAUAAAUAAAAGAUAGUGCCUGUUCAAACAUUUCAUAUUGAGUAGAAAAUCGUGCUUUACAACUUUAGGUGAACAAGUUUUAAUCAUCAAAACAAAAGUUUCUAUAAUAAUUGUUGACAAUUUUAAGUGGUGAUUAAUGGGAUACAAAGCGGUAUUUGGAAGUAUUUUUAAGCGUUCUGUUAUUAUCGACGAGUUCAAAGAUAUUUCCAUACUUUAAUGCCACUGUGAACAUGGAAAGGAAAAUUGGGGAAAUGUUUGUUAAGAUUCAGAGUUCAGACUGUUCUAUAGGUAAAUACUAUGAACAUUUUAUUUCCAGUUUAUUUUUUGCAAUAAUGUAUUUAAAAUUUUGUUUUCUAUAAUCUGACUGAAAUUUUUAUAUCAAAGUAUAUUUUAUUGUACUUAAAGUUUAUACACAAAUCGAAUCUUUAAAUAUGAAUUUCAUUAUUAUAAUGAUCUGCAAAUUGUGAUAUUAUUUCUUCAAUGACGUUUUAGUAUACCGAGUAUGCAAAACCAGAUUGACUACAAACAUUUGAUUGUUAUUUUUCUGCAAAAUUGAAUCGUAUUAUGUACUUUGAUUAUAUUUAUUAUUUCGAUAAAA